CUGUCGCCAUUUUAUGCGAAUAAUCGGAUACUUCAUCAAAUAUUUCAGGAUUUAUGGCAUUGUCGAAGCUCAAAUGAGCUCCAAAGAAAGUUUGUAGGUCGGUGAAGCCAUGGAUUUAGUAUGAGUUUUCAAAGUCCAGCUGGAAACGGCUGUAGUCUUGAGGACUGCCACACAAACUUAUUUGCACUCACUGAUCUAUGUGGGAUAAAGUGGCGCAGUCUCGGGACAGAAGAAUUUUGUACGGAUCCUUUAGAAGAUCCAGUACUCAAAUCAUAUACCAGGUGUCUUCAAUCUGAUAUACUUUGCGUUUGGAGACGUGGAAGAAAAUGUGCAUCAGAAAGUCAGCCCAAAGAUCAUCCUAAAGAAUUGUGGAUAUUUUGGUAUGGGGAGGAACCAUCAAAUGUGGACAAUUUGAUUGCCUCACAACUCAAAGUUCUAGACCAAGGAAGUUGGGAGCAUGGACUGUCAUACGAAUGUAGAUGUCUGCUCUUCAAAGCACUUCAUAAUCUAAUCGAAAGGUGCCUGUUGACCCAGGGAUUUGUACGUCUAGGACGAUGGUUUGUACAGCCAUACAACAACAGUCAGUCACAGGGAAACAGGGACAUAAGUGCCCAUUUGUCGAUUUCAUUCUCGUUUUUCCUCCAUGGAGAAAGCACAGUGUGUGCAAGUAUUGACGUUCGACAACAUCUCCCAGUGCGCCAUCUAUCUCAGCAACAGCUCAAUGCCUCAUUAGGUGGCAGCACUCCCACUCAAGUUAUCUUGGCCCCAUAUGGUCUUGCCGGGAUACUAUCGGGAGUUACUUACAAGGAUUCGGACCAGGUGGCGCUGAAAACAUUGGAGGAAUGGCGUCAAUUCUUCCCAAUAGAGUUGCCACCAGAUGGUGCUGCGAACAACAGCUUUGAACCAAAUACACUCGGGAGUGUCAUUGAGGUCAUAGUUGCUGGUGUACGAAUGAAGUACCCUACAUGCUUUGUACUUACUGUCGAUGCAGACACUGAUCAUCCACCAGGUGGAGCUCAACCAUCAGACGCAUCUGCGAAAUCAUUAGAUGUCAAUUUACAAACGGAUAAUGCAGCGGCAGCUGGGGCUGGAAUUAUAAAUGGAGACCCCUUCUGUCAGCGACUUGCCACAAAGGUUUGGCAGGAGAAUUGCACAAAUCAGACGCACAACAAUCAUAGGUCUCAAGGCAAAUCAAAUGAAGAUGCGUCUGUCGUUGGUGUAUGGGAUUUUCAGCCCCCAAACACAAAGAAUCACUGUGGCUGUCAAAAGAAAAAGUUGUCCAAUAGGGCCAACCAGGGUAAAUCUGGGAAACACUUCAAAGGUGAUAAAACGGAUAAGUUGUUCGAGAAGCAGCAAAGUCGCAUGUCGCGCAACAUGACAGCAUUUCACCGUCGUUCUCCAGCUUUGGAUGAUAUGAUGACCGUAGAAGUGGAUAUGUUGAUGCAACGAGUGCCUAGUGCACAAUUUAAUGGAGGCUUUAAAGGUGGCGCCAGUAGUCAACAGUCAGGUGGGGGAAUCCCUCAGUUACGCAAUACAAACUUUGACUCGGCUGACUCCCCAGGGGUGCCAUCUCCCCUGGCUGCCCCCACAGCCUCAAACUCAAUAACCCAUGGUGCAACUGACCCAACGAUGCCGACUUUAAGUCCGCAACAACCACAAAUUAAACAAGAAAAGCCUGACCCACCUCAAAAUACUGAAAAUGCAGAACCAACGACCCAGGAGGGUUUUAUUCAAAGAACUAACGGUUCAAUUAAAACUGAGCCAUACACAACAGGAUAUACAAGCUCAGAAACUAUAAAAACUGAGAAAGUUAGUUCAUGGUUGGAAAAUCAUCGCCAGGCUACGGAAUCUAAAGGCAUUAAAAGGCCAAUGCUGCCAAAAUCUGCAUAUGACGAAAGCGAUGUUGCAUCAGUAAAAGAAACGCUGUAUGAUUUCAAUGUUUUAAAUGCAUGGCUCGACCACCCAGUGAAGCGACUUUGCCACUAUCCCAGGGAGGUCAUAUGCGUGAAACAAGAAAAAACACAACCAUCUGCAACAAAUGCACCAGAUCCUCAAGCUCCCAUGCAUGACCCAUAUGAGUUUUCUGAAGAAUCAUCCUCACAUGCCAAUAUUUUAACAACGACAAGUAAACGUCUGAGUUAUCGAGCGAGUCGGGAUGAUAGCCUUGGAAGGCCCCCUUUUAGCAAGGAAGAGGAAGUAGGACGAGACAGGAAAGGUUCAGACAGUGGUGGGGUAACAAUCAAAGAGGAAAAGACAGAUUCUGUUUUCAAUGGAGAAACAAGUCCAGGAAACUUUGGAAGUAAUUUCCUGAGUGAAAAGGAUUUAGUGCCAAAGUACCAUGACUUGGACAAGAUGUUUGAUACUUCAGAUGAUGAUAGUAACGAUGGCAACAUGCACCACAUCUCUGCUCCUGUAGGCCCUAGUACUUUAUUGGAUGAAAAACCAGUUAAAAGUCAGACACAGUCGAGUCUGGCAAGCAGUACUGGGGCUGGACCAAUAGGUGCGACAGAGUUGGCUCACAUGUUCCCGACGCCACCAUCUCAUGAAGAAACUGCCCUCUCACCCUCGAUGGGAGUGGAGCCUCAUUCUGAAUCCACGGGAUUUGAUGCAAUAGUUGGUCGCACAGAAGCUCCCAAUCAUUAUGGUCACCUAGCAAACACUGAAGAACAUAGAAAGGAACUCAGUACAGUUUUCAAGCCACCUAUGACGGCAAAGUUUAUCAGUGCCGGAAGAUAUGCUCCAAUUGAGUUGCCUAGCAAUAACCAAGGCCAAGUGGCACGUACUAUGGACUGUACUUAUAAGCCUUCCUGGCAGUAUCCUGUUGGACCCAUGACUCCCAUACCAAACCUUCCCCUAGUGGAUAGUAAACCGCCAAUACAGCCACCAAGUACAUAUGCCAAUAUACCUUCAAUAGAGAACUUGGGUAAUCUGCAACGCACACCAGUAGCAGAGCGAGGGGGUCUUAUGGAACAAACGUCCCCCGCAGCCUACCAAGGGGGGUCAGUACCCCAACGAACCCCUGGGAGCUAUGAGCUACAAUCACCUGCAUCUAACGCAUCAUCAUAUAUCAAAAAUCUAAAUUCUGUCGACCCUCAGGGAACGAACAGUACCAUACCAGAAGCCCAUGGGCUAGUAGUAAACAUCACACUCAUGGAUUCUAUGCUAAACAUAUAUCGGGAUCAUAAUUUUGAUAGCUGCAAUAUGUGCGUGUGUUAUAUGAACAUCAAAGGCUCCGAUUCUGGAUUAUAUCUCGCAGAUAAAACUAACGAGCCUCAGUUGAAUUGUAUUUGUGGGUUCAGUGCAGUGACUAACAGGAAGUAUGGCUAUCGAGCCGGAUUAUUUUAUGAGGAUGAAGUGGACAUAUCGGGAAUCAGAGACGAUAGGUUAGAGCGACGCAAACCUAGUUUAUUAACACUAAAACCUGAUUUAGAAAAGGAAAACUCUAUUGUGGAAAUGCCGCAGGAGAUUUUAAAUUUACUUCAGGGUCAAUUUACGACGCCUUUCCCAUCUGUGACAGUAUUAAAUGUUUUCAAUCGACUGAAGACCUUUAGUUUAGUGAACAGUCAACAGAGAAUGAACAUCUUGGAGAUACAAGAUGGAUGUGAUGUGUGUUACAAUGGGCUGGAACAAGGACGUCAAUGUGUUGACGAUAACUCACCAACAAAACUUGAUGAUGUCAUACAAAAAUCAAAAUGCUUACACAAAUGGCCAUAUUUACAUAAUAUGGCCAAACUCCCCACAAAUGCUGCCGAAGUUGUUCGACUCCUUAAGUCUCUUCAGCCACAAUUACAAGAGGCAAUCCAAGACAAGCGCCAGACAAAACUUUGGGAAAACAAGUACAAAAUCGCUGGGCCAUUAUCUUGGAAGGAUUUCCAUUUAAUGGCUGGGCGAGGCAAUGAGGAGGCAAGCGAACCGCAACCGAUACCAUCUCUAAUGGUGGGCUUUGAUAAAGAGUGGCUGUCCCUUGCCCCGCAGUCUUUGAGAUAUUGGGAUAAGCUGUUACUCGAACCAUAUGGCAAACAGCGCAAUGUUGCAUAUGCUGUUGUUGCUCCUGACAAUGACAUUAUCUUGCAACAUGUACGAGGUUUCUUCAAAGAACUAAGUACUGUCUAUGAGCUGUGUCGGCUGGGGAAGCACAGACAGUUCAAACAUCUACGUGAUGGUAUUAUGCGUGUCGGAACUAAAGAGGCCUCAUCCAUAUCGAAUAAAGAUUCUAAUAUUGAUGACUGGUUUGACAAUAUAGGUGACUCGCCAGUUGCAGCCAAACUCCGUCUCUACGCUCAAGUCUGUCAGCAAUAUCUCGGUGCUUUGAUAACAGAACAAGUGUCUGAUAAGUCUGUAUUUGAUGAUGUGAAGAAGGAACAAACCUCUGGGGGUCCCCUAAAACCCCACCAGAGGUCUAACCUCCCUGAGUACUCGCCUCACCCUCAUACUCCCGAUAACCGUGACAGAGAAAAUCACGACGAGAAAGAAAAAGAUAAAGAUGAUACCAGUCAUGAUAAGGACCAGAACCAGGAUUCAGAGUCAAAUGAGCCAACCCCAUCAAUCGUUGUAUAUAUCGUGGAUCCAUUCAAUUUUGGAACAGAAUUUUCUGAUCUUAAUCGACUUUCCACAUUGGGGCUAUUGCGAUGCUUUCAACAUAUGGUGAAAAGUAUGUCUGGUGAUGCAGCGAAAAAUAACAUUCAACUUCAGAUUGUGCCACUUCAGUCACUACUAAGUCAGAAAAAUUCUGAAAUCAGGGGUCAGUUUAUUAAAUCAAUGGCAAUGUCAGUGUUUGCUCAAUGUAAGAGGCAACUACACUACGCAGCUCCCGGAAAAUCUCUCACAGGGAUGGGUCCAAGUGCAAAGGCAGAAAUGAUGCUCCAAAGAAAAAUUAGGAAGCCACCUAUAUUUCAGAAUGAUAACUACAACAUAUUCAGCCCACCUUACAUCCUGGCAUCUCAGACGGACGCUCAAUCAAUCAUCGUGGCGACAAUGGGAGAACAGCAACAGGAAGUUCCAGUGACUGCAGUACUGUAUUGUGGGUAUUGUCUGUCGGAAGAUCAGCGCUGGUUGCUCGCUGUGUGCACAGAUGAGCGUGGAGAAUUGCUUGAGACUGUGACGAUUAAUAUUGAGAUCCCCGAUAGGAACCGAAGAAGGAAAGCUUCAGCAAGAAAGAUUGGUCUUCAAAAACUUUGGGAUUUCAUACUUGGUGUCUGCGCCAAAACGACAACCAGUUGGAGGCUUGUGAUUGGUCGAUUUGGACGACUGGGACAUGGUGAACUAAAAGGUUGGGCUGGUUUUCUAAGUAAAAAAUCACUGCUAAAAUCAUCCAUGCAACUCCGAGAAAUCUGUGAUAUGUGUGCCGUCCUGGCAACGGGAAACACUCCCAGCAUUCAUAGCGCCUGUCUUGUGUCGAUGGAGCUUCAGGCUUCCUUCCGGAUUAUGUCUGACAGUGUGAAGCCAGAAGAUAAACGAAGUAGUGGAUUAGAUAUUAAUACCCCUCAAGAUUCUUCUGCCACACACAUACUUGUCUUCCCAACAUCUGCUACUGCUCAGAGUAACUCCAACACCAAUGCACCACCUCAGAACCACUUGGACCCACUUAGUAACAACCAAUUUCCUGAUCUAGUUGACGAUGAUAUUUUUGAUUUGAAAGAUGAUCUAGACAACAUGGAAAUGAUUGGUCAAGAUUUAAAUCUCAACGAACUUUUCAAUAUGCCACCAUCUCCGAUCGCAGAAGAUCCGACUUCACCACGUCCUGAUGGUAUUCUUCCUGGAUCACCAACCAAUGGAAAUGCUGUUAAUCAGCAACCAUCAAAAUCAGGUGUACGAGAAUCUGUAGAUGGAGAAGAAGCACCAAAUCUUCUUCAGCAACCUCUUGCCAUGGGGUAUUAUGUGUCCACUGCUAAAACGGGGCCUCUUCCAAAAUGGUUUUGGUCACCCUUCCCCCAGGCUGAGGGUGCCACCCCUACUUUCUUCAAGUCUGCUCUUCACAUUCAUAGCCCCCUAGUCCAUCAAAACCAAGAUGAACUUCUGAACCAGGCACAGAAACAUUCUCACCCCUUAGACUCAAGCUAUACCACUGAUGUACUCAGGUAUGUCCUCGAAGGCUACAACUCGCUAUCAUGGUUGACAUUUGAUGCGGUGGCCAAUGAUCGAAGUUCUUGCCUUCCUGUUCAUUUCGUCGUCCUUAUGCAACUCUACCAUGCCAUGGAGGCUUAUGUGUAAUUCAACAGAUGGUUGGGAGAAUUGUGUGUAAUGCGACCAGUUUGUUGUGUAAUGCAAUAUGUAGUCUGGGGAUUCAUGUGUAAUGCAACCAGUUUGUUGUGUAAUGCAACCAGUUUCUUGUGUAAAACAACAUUUAGUCUGGAGAUUCAUGUGUAAUGCAACUGGUCUAUUUUUUGUUGUGUAAUGCAACAUAUAGUCGAGGGAUUCAUGUGUGAUUCAACCAACUUCUUGUGUAAUGCAACAGGGUUAAGAGGUUCUGUGUAAUAAUGUGAGAUUAAGUACUGUGUAAUAAUACAGUACACAACUGAAGAUUUGUGUAACGCAACACAUCAAUCAUUAGAUCCCAAGAAAUCGUGAAGCAUUAUUGCAAUGAGAUGAAGAAAUUGUGCAUGAUAUUUGGAGUUGUUAAACUGAAGACAUUCUCAUCUUGAAAGUUAAUCCAUUUGAGUACACUAUAGAAAACAAUAAUAUGUGUAAUACAAUAGAAGACAUUAAGAUGUGUAAUACAAUAAAAGACAAGAUGUGUAAUACAAUAGAAAAAAGAUGUGUAGUACAAUAGAACACAAAAGGAUGUGU